AUAAAACUCGUAAUUUUUCACAUCUUGCCGUUUCGAACUGACGAUCUGCAACUUGAAUUUUUUGUUAUGCAUGAGCAGUGAUGGCGAAUCCUUGUUAACUCUCGAUAAUCUUACGUUAAGAAUUAUUAUUACUCUGCCAUUGAGAGGUUUUAAUCUCACGAUAAUUUAUGCUGUCAAAACUCAAAAUCUUAGGAGAGCAUCCACUGCGCAUGUGUCGAAAUGGCACAAACUGCACGGCAGCCGUCCAGACCCAGCACCCCACGAGGCAGGAUUCACUCGAUCGCUCAGCGGAUGAAGCACAUGUUGGAGAGUGGUGAUCUUAGCGAUGUGCAGUUUGCCGUGGGGCGAGAUUUCGGCACAGCGAAGAUCUUCAAAGCCCACAAGUUCGUGCUGAGCAGCGCCAGCGAUGUCUUAUACGCCAUGUUUAACGGAAGUCUGCCUGAGAAAUGCGACGGUGCUAUCGAUCUUCCGGAUAUUCCUCCUGAAGGCUUCGAAAAAUGCUGAAAUACAUCUAUGUCGAUAACGAAAACGUGACCAUGGAGGAUGUCUUUCCGACGAUGAAGUGCGCCGACAAAUACGACUUGCCACUGCUGGCUGACAUCUGCUUCGAAUUCGUCAUGCGGGAUCUCAUGUCGAGGAACGGCAAGGAAGCCGACCCUGCUCGCUAUUUAGUGCAUCUGGAGAAUGCGUUGGCGUGGGCUGUUGGUCUCGAUAGUGUUGUCGAAAACUGUCUGCAUUACGUGGACGUGCACUGUAAGGAAGUUCUCAAAUCGGAACGCUUCACGGAAUUACAGCCCAGCACACUGCGUACACUUCUGGAACGCGACACCUUCUUGGCCGAAGAGGCGCUCAUUUACGCGGCUGUGGAUAGGUUUGCGGUGGCUGCCUGUACUCGGGACAAUUUGGAGCCUUCACCCGCCAACCGGCGGGAGGUUCUGGGAGAUCAGUUUUAUCUGAUCAGAUUCCCUCUGUUGACCAAAAAGCAAAUUUCUGGAUUGUCUGCAGAAGGAGGAAUGCUGGAUGCAUCAACGUUGAAAGAGAUACGCGAGGACAAACAACGAUUUCCCAUGCAUCCCCGCCGGCCUCCAGUCAUCCGUGUCCGCGACUUGGAAUUCCAGCACCAGGAGAAAAUAUUUUACAAUGAUUAUAGCUUGUUCUUUCCUGCACUGGUGAUGGGAACGCGUGGAUCAGGCUUCCUCUGCCUGCAUCUGCGUGACACUAGCGAUGACGACGAGGAUCAUAAUGUCGAUGAUGAUGAGGGCGAAACCCUGAUGACAGUAAACCCAGAUCAAGAGGAAAUCGUUCGCGCAGCCGACUACUUAUACUCCGGUCAAUCGGUGUUUUACGAUCAUAGAGAAGGCACGUACAUCAGAGCGGAGCAUGGCUGCCAUCUGAUCGCUCUGGCGGGUGGAUACAUGAAACGCAGAGUUGGAUUCAACCAGAUUUACUUAGGACAUCCGGAGGUGAUGGCAUGGAAGAAGACCAGGAAGAACGGCACCGGGAAGACUGAUUCCGUUCCGAAGCGGAGGCGUUCACCGGAUGUCGCCGGUUCGAAUUGA